UUGAUGGCAAGACGAAGUUUGCCGGGACCACUAGUAUAAAAUAAAAUAAUGAGAGAUUACAUAUUCUAUCAAAAAUUAUAUGCACAGUCGAAGCACAGAGUUCGAUAAGACAACAAUCUAAGGGGAUGCUUUCAAUUUAGAGGAUGAGUUAAUACAUACAGAUCUUUUUGAACGAUUCUAUUUUUUGGCAGAAGUGACUUCAAACACAAUAUACAGUCAAAUUUUCCACCGUUCAAAUCUAUUCAUUAGUUUCACUAGUUUCACUAGCAGUUUUCCGAGCACUUUACAGUGAUAUCUUGAAGUUCAAACUGGGACCUGAUCCGGUAGCAUACUGCCAGCGACGUCAUUGAUAAUAAACCUAUUUGGAUGCCAUACAUUCACUGCUAUAGCAACAGGUUUUCCCAUUAUUAAAUCGAUAACAUCGGAACAACCGUCCCGGCAGCUGCUACUUGGCGCAUCAACAAUGCUACCUUUGCUAAUACCUACUAUCUACUAUCGGCGAAAGAGUGUUUUUCCUUUGAGACGCAGUAUUAGCGCAGUCAACGUCGUUACCACACUACUGCACUGCACAAAGUAGUUGUUACUAGAUCUAAGUUCUCUUAUGAAUAUUUAAUUUCCUCCGACAGCAAUUGUCGAUUGUUUCCACGCUGUUUUUCCUUCCCCUGCGAGGGUAAGUUAACGUGAGAACAAAAAAAAACUUGGUAUCUUCAUCGCCAACGAAGGCCCCAUUUACCGCAUAGUUAUAAUUUACAUUGCAGAGCACGGAAGAAUUAGAAUUGUUCCCAAGUUUUCCCACUGGCUCUGAGUGGUUUCUAAGUUUGAAAAAGCAGAAACAUGGAUGAUUUAUUCGGGAAGAAGAAAGAAGUCGUUCCCAUACUUGACCUCUCCCGGUCAACGGCCGCCUCUCGAGAGGAGUUCAAAAGAAUGUACGAGAAAGUUCCAGACUACAAGAUGCGCCCCAUAAAGGUCCGAAACGACGAGAUUCGCUUCAAGGACAAGGAUUCGAGCUAUAAAAUGCCGAAGAAGGAGCUCAAAAUGCUACUGAAGAACGGAGGCGACCGGGACAAGCUGUAUGCGUAUAUGGAUCCAAUACCUUCGGAGAUGAGGAACUUGGUCAUUAUGGAGCUGUGCAGUGUAUCAAUCGAUUGGAAAAUGUUGACACCUCAACGACCGAAAACAAAGAUUGAGGAAGAAUAUUUCAGCAAACUAAUUGAAUUGGGAAAGCUGCAAAUCAAAACCGAGCAGCGUGAUAAACGUGAGAACCAACUGGCGUCAUCGGUACGUAAGGUGAAGAACAAAUCCGGCAUCAUCGAGUCGCGUAUUUUCACCUGCAACGAGUGCCUCGAAGAGUUCUGUAAUGGGAAAGUCUGCCUGGAUUUCAACUACGACCUCUACACGCGGGUAGCACCGAAACCACCCAUUCAGAAGACCAACUCUCAGCAGCAGAUUGCGACGACCAAAAUGCUGGCCGAUCUGAACCAGAAAAGUAUUGACAGUGGAAGUGGCAGCUCCAAAAAGGGGCGCAAACCUGUGCGAAGAAAAUCCAAAUCCAAAUCCAAAUCAACUGAGGAGGACGAUGGCAAUCAGAGCGGUGGUGGGGGAGUUACCGGAGGUAAGAAGAAAAGCAAAAAAUCCGUUAGGAGUAAGAGCAAAGAUUAGUCAAGAAACUUUUGAGUCUCAGUAAAAAAGUAUCAUAUUACGUCAAGUUACCUCUUCCAGUUGCAAAUAAAGUUAAUUCGUGCUUAUUAGCUAUUCUAACAAAGUUUUUUAAUCCCAUAAGGAUAGAAAUCUAGA